AUGCCUAAACGUAGCAACGAGAAGCGCUUCAAACUGAAUCAACAAUGCCGAGAAGCCCUAGCGGCCAAUAUAUGUAUUUGUGGCCCUCUACUGACAAUAACUCAGCUAAUACGCCUAGAUGACCGACUUGGCAUCGUAGUCGCUCCUGAAAAAGUCCGUCUCCAACCGCGACCUGAAGAUGGAUACGCUUGGUCCGUCACGAGCGCAAAUGCUAGUGUGCUCAAAUCUAGCUUGAGUAGCGGUAAGAUUCAUCUUUACCGGAAAAUUUGCAAUGAGAUCGGCCAUUCAAUCGAGGCUGUUUCCCCGCACGCGUUGGGACACUCACAGUCAAAUACGAGCUGUAUUCCAAGGGAGGCGGAGAGUUUUGGUGACGGAAUGGAUGGUUCUUUCACAGCAGAGAUUUCCAAGCUUAAGGCUGCUAAUAGCAGCAUAGAAAUCGAGUUGGAACGCACUCGUGCCCGACUGAAUGACUGUCUUGACCAAAGUCACACGGUCCGGGCUGAGGCCAAUGAACUCCGCCACGAUAUGCAAAUUCUUCGGUCGCACAAUAAGAAACUGCAUGAUGAGUUAACAGAGGCGAAGGCGGGAAUUGCUGGAACAAGGCGGAUAUUAAACUCAUUGCAAACGGAGGGAAUUGGGAUCGAACUUGGCACCCGCGAUAUCCAAUCGUCAGCCAAUGGCAUCCAUGAGGUAGCGAGCGAGGUCUUGGAUUGA